AGCACACUGGUGUUAGGAUUGAGAGAGAGAGGAAAGAGAGACACAAAACUUUCUUUUUUUCUUCUCUACUUCGUUUAUAACAAAGUCCCUUUGGUUCAUUUUUGUCUAGUUAGUUCACCUCCAUUUAACCCAUAAAAAAAAAAAAACAUGUUCAUUGAGAGCUUUAAGGUAGAGAGUCCUAAUGUUAAGUACACAGAGAAUGAGAUUCACUCUGUGUACAAUUACGACACCACCGAGCUUGUUCAUGAGAACAGGAAUGGGACUUAUCAGUGGAUUGUCAAGCCCAAAACUGUAAAAUACGAAUUCAAGACUGAUAUCCAUGUCCCUAAACUUGGGGUUAUGCUUGUGGGAUGGGGAGGAAACAACGGUUCAACUCUCACCGCUGGUGUAAUUGCCAAUCGAGAAGGAAUCUCCUGGGCCACCAAGGACAAAGUGCAACAAGCCAAUUAUUUUGGGUCACUGACCCAAGCCUCAACAAUUCGUGUUGGGUCUUUCCAUGGAGAGGAGAUCUAUGCGCCUUUCAAGAGCUUGCUCCCAAUGGUGAACCCAGAUGACAUUGUGUUUGGGGGUUGGGAUAUCAGUGACAUGAACCUAGCAGAUGCUAUGGCCAGGGCCAAGGUUCUGGACAUUGAUUUGCAGAAGCAGUUGAGGCCCUACAUGGAGUCUAUGGUCCCACUCCCUGGAAUCUUCGACCCUGAUUUCAUUGCUGCUAACCAAGGUUCACGUGCCAACAACGUCAUCAAAGGGACCAAGAAAGAACAAGUCCAACAAAUUAUUAAAGAUAUUAGGGAGUUCAAGGAGGCAACCAAGGUAGAUAAGGUGGUAGUGCUGUGGACUGCUAACACAGAGAGGUACAGUAACGUGAUUGUGGGGCUAAAUGACACAGAGGAGAGCCUCUUGGCUUCUGUGGAGAAGAAUGAGGCUGAGAUAUCUCCUUCCACCUUGUAUGCCUUGGCUUGUGUUUAUGAAAAUAUUCCUUUCAUCAAUGGAAGCCCUCAGAACACUUUUGUUCCAGGACUGAUUGACUUGGCUAUUAAGAGGAACAGUUUGAUUGGUGGGGAUGACUUCAAAAGUGGUCAGACCAAGAUGAAAUCUGUGUUGGUAGAUUUCCUUGUUGGGGCUGGUAUUAAGCCAACAUCCAUAGUGAGCUACAACCACUUGGGAAACAACGACGGCAUGAACCUCUCUGCCCCACAAACCUUCCGCUCCAAAGAAAUCUCCAAAAGCAACGUUGUUGAUGACAUGGUCUCUAGCAACGCUAUCCUUUAUGAGCCUGGGGAGCAUCCUGACCAUGUCGUGGUCAUCAAGUAUGUGCCAUACGUGGGGGAUAGCAAGAGAGCCAUGGAUGAGUACACCUCAGAAAUAUUCAUGGGAGGGACGAAUACCAUAGUGUUGCACAACACUUGUGAGGACUCCUUGUUGGCUGCACCCAUCAUCCUAGAUUUGGUGCUUCUUGCUGAGCUCAGCUCCCGUAUCCAGCUCAAAGCGGAAGGAGAGGGCAAGUUUCACUCAUUCCACCCUGUGGCUACUAUUCUCAGCUACCUUACCAAGGCCCCUCUUGUUCCACCGGGCACGCCUGUGGUGAAUGCACUUGCGAAGCAGCGAGCUAUGCUUGAGAACAUUCUGAGGGCUUGCGUUGGAUUGGCUCCAGAGAACAACAUGAUUUUGGAAUAUAAGUGAAUAAGAGGAGGGAAGAUUGGCUCUAAUAGUAUUCAAGAAUUAUCCCCUUAAGUCUAUGUCUCAUGUUAAUGUUGGUCUGAGAGGGUUGUUAGUAGCAUUCUAUGUUUAAAGUUUCCAGUUUAUGUUUUGUAAAGCUUCUCAAUUGUGAUUCUGUUUGCUCAGUUCAUUUCUGGAAUGGAACUAGAUAAUUUUAUAAAAGGUUUAGUAUAAUAUAUCCUGCAGAA